AGGCCCUUCAUUUCCACCGCCCCUGCAACUGAAGAGAAAAUAAAAGUGGAGCCUCCUGCAGAAUAGUCAGUUGAGACCUUAAACUUCGUAGAAAAUAGCUGUGUACACCACAGAAGACGGCAUUUGAAAUGGGGCUUAAGUUCAUGUUGGUUAUCGCUGUCAUCUCAGUUAUCUAUGUGAAGUGUGAUUCUAGCCCUUUGGAUGACUUGGUUAUUGAUCGCUACUCCAUACCCGCACAUUGUCCAAGAGAAGUGCAAACUGGGGAUUAUGUCCGAUAUCAUUUCAACGGAACUCUUCUUGAUGGGAAAAAGUUUGAGUCGAGUCAUGAUAAAGGUAAACCAUUCGUGGGCCAGGUCGGUCUGGGCAGCGUGGUGAUCACCGGGCUGGAUCGGGGUGUGCUGGGAAUGUGUGUGAAUGAACGCAGGAAGCUCACCAUCCCCCCUCACCUGGCUUAUGGAGUUCUUGGCGCAGGCACAGUGAUUCCUCCAGACACCACCCUGGUGUUUGACGUUGUCUUGCUGGAUUUGUGGAACACGGACGACAAGGUCGAGACCAUCACCCUCAGCAAGCCUCAAGACUGCAAGCGCAAAGUGGUUCCCUCAGACUUCGUUCGGUACCACUACAAUGGGUCUCUGCUGAAUGGAACCUUGUUCGACUCCAGCCAUGCUAGAGGGCAGACGUACGACGUGUAUGUUGGCCAGGGUUACCUGAUCCGAGGCAUGGACAUGGGCCUCCUGGGCAUGUGUGUGGGAGAGAGACGCUCCAUCAUCAUCCCCCCAUUCCUGGCCUACGAGGACAAGGGCUAUGGUAAUCAGAUCCCCCCAUACGCCUCUCUGAUGUUUGAUGUGGUGUUGGUUGACCACUUCCAUGCCAACGACACUGUAGUGUCCGAGAGUCUGUAUGUGCCCAAGCUGUGCCCGAGGAAGUCGGUGUCCGGAGAUUACAUGCGCUACCACUACAAUGGCACCCUCCAGGACGGGACCCUCUUUGACAGCAGUUACCAGCGCAACAACACGUACAACACGUACAUCGGCAUGGGCUAUGUGAUCCUGGGCAUGGACAAGGCCCUGCAGGGAGUGUGUGUCGGGGAGAAGAAGAAGGUCACCAUCCCACCUCACAUGGCCUACGGCGAGAAGGGUCUGGAGGGCAUGAUCCCCGGGUCGGCGGUGCUCAUCUUUAACGUUCACGUGAUCGACUUCCACAAUCCCAACGACACUGUGAAUAUCAAGGUGACCCAUAAACCAAAGGUGUGUAAUCAGACCACCGAAGUCAACGACCUCAUCCAGUACCGCUACAACUGCUCUCUGAUGGACGACACGCUGCUCUACACCUCAGAUAGCCAUAAUCUGGCCCCACGGACCCAGCUGGGCGCCGGCAAGAUCAUCCAGGGCCUGGACGACGGGCUGCAGGGCAUGUGCGUGGGGGAGAAGAGGCUGGUCAUCGUGCCCCCUCACCUUGGUCACGGGGAGAGUGGAGCGGCCGAGGUGCCCAGCAGUGCGGUGCUGCUGUUUGAGCUGGAGCUGCUGGAGCUGCAGAAGGGCAUUCCUGACGGCUACCUGUUUGUGUGGCUAGGGGACAGCCCCGACCCACUGUUCCCCGCCAUGGACCUCAAUAAGGACCUGGAGGUCCCCCUGGAAGAGUUCACGGAGUUCAUCCAGUCCCAGAUUACCGAGGGCAAAGGCCGCAUGCGGCCAGGCAUCGACGGUGAGGUGGUCAUUAAAGACAUGUUCGUCAAUCAGGACCGUAACAAAGAUGGUAAGAUUACCGCAGAAGAGUUGAAACUUAAAUCAGACGAGGACCCUCCCAAGCAUGAAGAACUGUAAAGGAGGACCAAUGCAAGUUAAACCACAGAGAAAGAUCAGUGGAGGAGAGGAGCUAAAGACUGGGAACCCAUACCAGCAAUAUUUCACCCAAUUCUUGUCUAUCAAGUCAUUAAACAAAACAACCAGCAACCACUCUUUCAGAACCAGAAUCCCUUGGUGCACUGCAAAUAUCCACACGAGGCAUGGUGUGCCUCCAGUUUUAAAAACGGGUGGCUGAGUAUUUUAGACAGGGUAUGUGCAAUACAAGUUGUUUUUUUUUAAGUUCCUUGGAUUGUGUGACAUGUCAAAGAAUAAACAAGCUGUGUUUGUACGUAAAUAAAGACUAAAUAUGCAAUGUGGGAAUGGUGUUAUGACAAAAGUCAUAAGUACAAGAUUAGUUUUUUUUAUGGCCAGGCCAGCCCUUUCAAAGUUUGGAUAGAGAGGUCAUUGAACUGUAUGAAAACAGUGUAUUAUCCUGUCCAAAACAGCACAAUUGUAUGUGCAAUUUUUUGUAGGUUUUUUUAGUUCAUUAAAAUUGUUACCCAUGGGCACUUCUUUGUUUUUUAAUAAAGUUGGAUUGGUAAAUAAGUG